AAAACUCGUUGAACACAAUAAAGUAAAAGGUCUAAAAAAAACACCAAAGGUUAAAAAUUCAUGGGUUUUGAAAGAGGUGAAUGGUUAAGUCAAGCAAAACACAGAUGUAACGGUGGUACCUGCUAUCAGYACAMUUCACAAUUGAAGUACAUGGCUUACUUGAAAUUAUUCAUUCAUCACAUAAGUAAUCAAGGCGUUUACUAGGACAACCCUCGUCUCAACAACUCAAGAAUUCUACUAUCUUCGCUAUUCUAUAUUGGCUUCAAUAGAUUCUAGUUAGCAGUCCCAGGGGUACGCWGCUUGACGCACAGUGUUGCUCUUGAUCUAUAUUGUUUCUGUAGUCUAUAUUUUCCUGCUAACGGCCGACAAGCUGACAGCUGCUUCGAAUGGCACAACAAAACAAAUAGUUGGAGAGUUGGGGAGAACAAUAGCGCAAGUCGUCAUAAUCGAGUUAUUGUUCAACCGGCGAAGCAAGGCAGUUCGUCCAACUMAUUUGACAAGUCAUCAGCUGACAUCAUGGAGGCACGAGUGAGUCAUACUGUGGAUAACUUUGGACUACAACAUCAAGUUGAACAGCAUCACCCUGAAUUGGGAUCAUCACUGGAAAGUACUAAACCACAAUCUAGCACCAAUCAGGAGAGAUCGACUGACGAUGAUCUUAAGCAGGAGGGCUAUAAGGAUGACUAUCAAACGGACGGUGGCUGUGGAGAAGGCAAAAAAGCCCGCACACAGCGCAAGUCGCGACGCAGACCACCGUAUUCCUAUAUCGCAUUAAUAGCUAUGGCUAUACAGAACGCACCUGAGAAACGUCUGACGCUGGACGGAAUUUGUAAAUUCAUACGCGAUAGAUUUCCAUUUUACAGAGAGACUUAUCCUUCAUGGAAAAUCUGCAUCCGCAACAAUUUGUCACUAAACGACUGCUUUAUUAAGACGGGAAUCAAGUCAGACGAGCCUUUGAAAGGGAACUAUUGGGCUUUGGAUCCUGAGAGCUACAGCAUGUUCGAAAACGGGAGUUUUCUGAGACGGAAAACACGGUUUAAAAGACAGGAACGAAAUGGCUCAGAUGCUAAAGCUAUCACAAGUGAAGGCAAUAGGGCUUUUAAUUCGUUAGAUUUGCACUCAAUGUAUCUCAGCAGUCCACUSAUGCCACCAUCGUAUUCAUUCAGUCCCAUGGAGGCUCCAAAGCUAUCUGCUCUACCGCCGUAUUUACCACUACAUUACUAUAGUACUCCCAGCAGUGUUGCUAACUCUGAAGCCUUAUUCAUGCAUUCAACACAUAUGCCUCUACUUCCUUCGUACUACCAGCAUCUCAACUGCCAACAAUGCACAUACUGCGAGAACUCUAAACAUCUCAACCCUUACGUCCGAAUUUAGAGGACUAUAACACAACACUGCACUGGACAAUCUAAAGCCUCUAAUGGACUUAUUAAUUAGCAAAUGUAAAAAAAUGAAAUUCUAGUUAUUUAUAGUUGCCGUUUUCAUGUAUUAUAAAGCACGUAUAGGCACCAAAGGUUAUCAUUUUAGAAGAUCUGUAAUUUCUCCGAGUGUGCUUCAUUAAGCGAACAAUUCGUUAGAUAAGAUAGUUACUUUCUUGAUACUUUAAACAUAAACAAAAGUGUGUUCUCAGGAAGACGCUAACAAAGUCAAAUCGUCCCACAAAUAUAAACAAGGAUAACGAAGAGAGCAAUUUAGCAAGAACUGAAAAGAGGCAGGCUUUUGUAUCCAAGGAAGCCACAACACCAUGGGGUCCUGGAUUACUGCUUCAAAUGAACAAUUUGGAUUCACUUAAAAGACAAUUAUUUCUCAACUUAUAAAGAUAGAGAAAAUUGUUGUACAGUUUAAUACGGUAUAAAAAACUUUACAAAUAUGUACAAGAAAUAUGGAAAAUUGUCAUUGAACUACCUUGUCAUGUUAACCGCUCUAUUUUGAUCAUUCGUCGUGGAUCUAUUCAAACUAGGUUAAUAAACAAGCAGGGUUGUAACUAGAUAGCAAUAAAGUAGAGGAUGUUAUGAAUA